AUGCCGCGUGCCAAAGCCUUCGCCCCCCUCAGAGGGAACCAGGUUCUGGAUCCUUACAGGCGCCGUCUUGACCGCAUGGCUGAUGAGGACAUCCACCUCGAAUGCUACGUUGAUCACUGUGAGACAGUUCGGUUUGAUAAGAUCAUACUAUAUUCUGGAUGGUUGGCUGCCACUUCGACCAUCAUUGUUCGUUAUCUUCCGAAAUGCGUCAUGGGUCAGUUCGGCUACCAGCAGACCAUACCUCGCUUGCCUUCUGACUCUGGUCCUAUCGCCAUGACCCGUCGGCAGCUAGAUGAAAUCUUUGUAGACUGGGAGCACCACUUGGUACCUGCUGAGGCUCGGGCGACCACAUCAGAGAGGGACUGGAGCUGUGUCGACGGGUACAUCACCUGGUACUACAGAGUAUUGCAUCCAUACAUGCUUCCCACCGCACCUGGAUCCGUUUGA